AUGGCUAAAGGAGACAAAGACAAGUCAGACAAGACACCUUCAAAGAAGGUUUCCCUUCUUGCCAAACCAUCAAACGCAAGCGGUGGCGGAAAAGCAAAAAAGAAAAAGUGGUCCAAGGCCAAAGUCAAGGAUAAGACUACCAAUUCAGUCUACUUUGAUCAAGAAGCAUUCGACAAACUUACGAACGAAAUCCCAGCCAAAACAAAACUUAUCACACCAUCAGUCUUGUCUGACAAGCUGAAUAUUAACCUCUCUCUCGCAAGGCAUGCAUUAUCAGAACUUGAAGCCAGAGGAGUCCUCAAAGCUGUUGGAGAUUUGCAUCACGCACAAAAAAUCUAUACUCGUGCAGCUCAAGAAGUAGCUUACUCCCCCCCCCCCCCUCCGUGAGCGAACAAAAAAAUUUUGUUCGCUCACGGAGGGGGGUUAAUUUUUUUUUUUAAAAAAAAUUUAUAUAUAAAAUUUUAUAAAAAAUAUUUUUUUCGAAAUUUAAAAAAAUCCUAAUUUGCAAAAAUUGGGAAGCAAAUAUUAAUUUAAUUUGCAAAAUUUAUGUUUUAAAACGCAAUUUGUUUAAAAUUAAACAGAAUUAGCUCUAGAUUUCAUUAUAAUAAUUAUCACUUAUAUAUCAAAAUUUUUUUCCAUUAAAAUUUUUUCUAUUAAAAAAAUUUUUGUUCACUCACGGAGGGUGGGUUUUUGGUCAAAAAAUGGCGAUUUUUCUAAUGGUUUUGUUCGCUCACGGAGGGGGGGGGGGGGAGUUAA